UUAAACGAGUGUUCUAGAUAUUUGUAUAAUAUUGAGAAAAAAGAAUUUCAUGAAUCAUCUUUUAAACUAAUAUUCAAAGAUUUUAUAAAUGGACCACUCCUUUGUUUUGUAAAAUCUAUUCAAGAUUUUUUAAAAACAUUUAAAAAUAAAAAUGUUUAUAUGCUUUGUGUAUGCUUAAGUCAAAUUCGAAAAUGUCUUCUUCUGUAUGAAAUAACAAUUUUAGAACAAACUAAUAUUCUAAAUUUUGAAAAGGUUUUAUACGAGUACAUAAUUAAGCGGAUUCAAAAGUGUUUUUAUAAGUUGGAAGAUUGUUUGGAAAUGAUAGAUAUACCUGAUUCAGAUGAACAUCCAGGAAAAUUCAUUGAUCAAAUGAAUUUUGUUUUAAAUUUACUAAACAAUAAAGACAAUUUUGAACUUAUAAAACCCAAUAUCGAUAAAAUUUUAUUUCAAGCAAUAACUAUCGCUAAAGUUGCAGAUAAAAUAGACAAUUUAGAAAUAACAUCUUCAUCUAAACAUGUUUUAAAAGCAAUUCAACAAAUUGAAAAAUUUGAUACCAAUGAUUCUGAUAGUUUUUUCCAAUUUGAUUAUUUAUCUUCUUCGUUGUCUAUUCUUGAAAGACGGAUAAAUACAACAGUUUUGCAUCUGAUUUUUAAGAUUUUUAAUGAUCCAUUUGAUAUAGUUAAAAAACUAGUUAGAAAGUGCACAGAUUCUGUUGACAUACAACUAAGAAAUUCAUCAGAUUUAUCAAAUAUGAUUUGUGAUUUGGAUAAAUAUACUGACAUAUUAAUUCAGGUUGGACUAUUUUCUGUGGCCUGUUGUAAAAAUGAUGAAUAUGUUAUUCCUUUAAAAUCUUGUAUAUCAAGCUUGGAACUUUUGGAUAGUGAUAUGGUACCAGCUAUUAUUGAAUUUUAUUUAGAUCCAACUUCAUUAGUAAAGAAGACAUUUUUAAAACUAUUAAUAAAUCAUUGGGUUUCUGAAAUUUGUGAAAUACAAAAUCUUUUGGACAAAAUCGUUGAUCCCUUUACAUUUACUCAAACAACAAUAGAAACUUCUAUGAAUAUUAUUGAUACCAUCUCUAAGAGUGAUGCAAAUACCAACAUGGAUUUAUAUGUCAAGUUUUCAAAUGCAAUGAUUAAUUUUUCAAAGUUUAUGGAAAAAAUAUUUGUUACAGCCCUUUUUGAAAAUAAAGAACUUUCUAAAACUUUUGAGCAGUUUAAAAAUGCUGUAAAAGAGUAUAAUGCAUGUUUAGCUUUUAAUCAAAAAACAAUUGACAGUUUUAAUGAUGAAUCAAUUAAAAAUAAAUUGCUUAAAAGAUGUGCAAUUGUAAUAAAAUAUUUGAAGAAUAUUCAAAGUUUAAUUUCUACUAUACUGGAUGAUAAAAGUUUGUCAGAAUUAGAAAAAACAAAUUAUAUUUUAUCUAAAACAAGACAAUCUUCUCUGAGUUUGUUACCAACUGAUAAUUUUGAUAAUAAUGAAGAUCUGAAUUUGUUGCUUACAACUAUUCAAGUUCAAAAAUCGUUUUACAAUAAAUCAGAACGUAAAACUUCAAAAAAAAUGUAUCAUAAAGAUUAUAAUUGUUUUAUAUCUGCUAAUGAAACAACCCAUGAUCACAUUAUUACAAUGGAUCUUACUAAAAUUUUAGAUAACUUUAUUCUUGAGUCAUUCAAUAAAAAUAAUGAUAACAAAUCUACAGUAAAUAUAUGGGAAGAAAUAGGUAUUGACAAUCCCACAAGGAUACAAGAUCUAGAAAUAGUUUAGAUUAUAACUAUAUUAUAUUUAGCAUUGAAUGCAAAAGCUAGUGAUAAAUAUUAAGAAUAGCCUA